GCGGCGGCGGCGCCGCUGCGGGAGGGUCGGCGGUGGGACGGCGAUGGCGGAUAUCGAUAAACUCAACAUCGACAGCAUCAUCCAACGGCUGCUGGAAGUGAGAGGGUCGAAGCCAGGUAAGAAUGUCCAGCUACAGGAGAAUGAAAUCCGAGGACUAUGCUUAAAGUCUCGAGAGAUCUUCCUCAGUCAACCUAUCCUCCUAGAGCUUGAAGCACCACUCAAAAUCUGUGGUGACAUCCACGGACAAUACUAUGAUUUGCUUCGACUGUUUGAAUAUGGUGGCUUCCCGCCAGAAAGCAACUAUCUGUUUCUCGGGGACUAUGUGGACAGGGGGAAGCAGUCAUUGGAGACUAUCUGCCUCUUACUGGCCUACAAAAUCAAAUAUCCUGAGAACUUUUUCCUUCUCAGAGGGAACCACGAGUGUGCCAGCAUCAAUAGAAUUUAUGGAUUUUACGACGAAUGUAAAAGAAGAUACAACAUUAAACUAUGGAAAACAUUCACAGACUGUUUUAACUGUUUACCGAUAGCAGCCAUCGUGGAUGAGAAGAUAUUCUGCUGUCAUGGAGGUUUAUCACCAGAUCUUCAAUCUAUGGAGCAGAUUCGGCGAAUUAUGCGACCUACUGAUGUACCAGAUCAAGGUCUUCUUUGUGAUCUUUUGUGGUCUGACCCCGAUAAAGAUGUCUUAGGCUGGGGUGAAAAUGACAGAGGAGUGUCCUUCACAUUUGGUGCAGAAGUGGUUGCAAAAUUUCUCCAUAAGCAUGAUUUGGAUCUUAUAUGUAGAGCCCAUCAGGUGGUUGAAGAUGGAUAUGAAUUUUUUGCAAAAAGGCAGUUGGUCACUCUGUUUUCUGCACCCAAUUAUUGUGGAGAGUUUGACAAUGCAGGCGCCAUGAUGAGUGUGGAUGAGACGCUGAUGUGCUCCUUUCAGAUUUUAAAGCCUGCAGAGAAAAAGAAGCCCAAUGCCACAAGACCCGUCACACCUCCAAGGGUUGGAUCAGGCCUGAACCCGUCCAUUCAGAAAGCUUCAAAUUAUAGAAACAAUACUGUUCUAUACGAGUGACUGAUUAUGCUUUCUUUGGCCUACAUUCUGUAUUCUGCGGUGAAGUUGAGGCUUAUAAAUCAAAACAAAGGAACUAACUUGCUGUCCACCAGUUUAUACAGAACUCACAGUAUCUAUGACUUUUUUUAAACUAAGAUCUGUUUAAAAAAAAAAAAGAAAUCUGUUUCAACAGAUGACCGUGUACAAUACCAUGUGGUGAAUGAAUUGAGACUUAUUAAAUGAUGAACUUGUUAAAUCUUCUCCGUGUCCUUUUGUCAGCACGGCAGUGCACACGGGAGAACUGAUGGACGCCCAUGAAUAAACGCUCUGGAAACCGCA